AUGUCUAAUUUUAUAUCGGCUUUGGGUACAAAAGUUAUUUCAUCUUUGAUAUAUACGAUAUUUUUUAGUUUUAUUCCUUCUACACUAUCAUCUGUUAUAAAAAAGCAUAGAUUACUUCAGCGUUCUGCUCUUGAAACAAAAAAAGAACUUUCUAAUACCAGUAGUGUGGAUGAAUUUGCUAAAUGGGCAAAAUUAAAACGAAAAUAUGAUAAAGAAGUUUCAGAAAUAGAAAAAAUAUCAGCAGAAAUAAAUAGUCAACAGUAUAAUUUUAAUAUUAAAGUACAUACAAUGAUCUGGUUAUGUACGACAGGUCUGAAAUAUAUUAUCCAAUGGUAUUAUCGUAAAGUACCUGUAUUCUGGUUAAUUAAGGGAUGGUUCCCUUACUAUAUUGAACGCAUUAUGUGUUUCCCAAUGGCACCUAUUGGAUCUGUUAGCAUAAGUAUAUGGUUUCUUAUAGUUAAUCAAAUUGUUUCAAAAGUAUUCCUUAGCUCAAUCAAAUAUAUUAAAAAAGAACAUAUAAGAAGAAUAGUAAAGUCAUCACUAUUUUUUGCAUAA